AUGGGUGCUUCCAUUCUUCCACCACCACCAUUCCUAGCUCUUCUCUUCACAUUGAGCACUUUCUGUCUCCUCCCUCAGCAUGCUUUUGCCGUAACCAGACACUACAAGUUUGAUAUAAAGUUACAAAAUGUGACACGUUUAUGCCAUACCAAGCUCAUGGUGACAGUAAAUGGACAGUUUCCUGGGCCUCGAAUAGUAGCUAGGGAGGGUGACCAUCUUCUUGUUCAAGUGGUUAACCAUGUCCAAAACAAUAUCUCCAUACAUUGGCAUGGAAUUCGACAGCUUCAAUCCGGAUGGGCAGACGGACCAGCAUACAUAACUCAAUGCCCCAUACAAACUGGUCAGAGCUAUGUGUAUAACUAUACCAUUGUAGGUCAAAGAGGCACUCUUUGGUGGCAUGCCCAUAUAUCAUGGCUCAGGUCAACCGUCUAUGGUCCUAUUAUCAUUCUUCCUAAGCGUGGUGUUCCGUACCCAUUUGCCAAACCUUAUAAGGAAGUUCCCAUCAUCUUCGGAGAGUGGUUUAAUGCUGAUCCUCAGGCGGUCAUCAGCCAGGCCCUGAAAACAGGUGGAGGCCCAAAUGUCUCCGACGCCUACACAAUCAAUGGGUUCCCAGGGCCAUUGUACAACUGCUCAGCCGAAGGAGAUACCUUUAAGCUGAAAGUGAAGCCUGGAAAGACUUACAUGCUUCGCUUAAUCAACGCUGCACUUAAUGAUGAGCUAUUCUUUAGUAUCGCAAACCACUCGGUAGCCAUUGUUGACGUUGAUGCUGUUUAUGUCAAACCUUUUGACACUGAGACACUCCUUAUCACUCCAGGACAAACCACAAAUGUUCUUCUUAAGACCAAACCCCAUUUCCCUAAUGCCACAUUUUUCAUGACUGCAAGGCCUUAUGCGACUGGCCCAGGCACUUUUGACAAUUCAACUGUUGCUGCCAUUUUAGAAUAUGAAUCACCCCAAACCAUUCACUCAAGCCUCUCUAAUAAAAACCUUCCACUCUUCAAACCAACUUUACCUCCUCUAAACGACACUGCCUUUGCUGCAAAUUUUACAAGGAAACUCCGUAGCUUAGCAACUGCACAAUUCCCUGCCAAGGUGCCCCAAAAGGUUGAUAGGAGAUUUUUCUUCACGGUAGGCCUUGGGACAAAUCCAUGCCCUAAAAACCAAACCUGCCAGGGACCAAACGGAACCAAGCUUGCAGCCUCAGUUAAUAAUAUAUCUUUUUCGAUGCCAACCACAGCUCUACUCCAGGCACACUUUUUUGGUCAAUCAAACAGUGUUUACACUACUGAUUUUCCAAUCACUCCAAUAUUUCCUUUUAACUAUACUGGCAACCCACCAAAUAAUACUAUGGUAAGCAAUGGAACCAGGCUAGUAGUUCUUCCUUUUAAUACUAGCGUGGAGCUAAUAAUGCAGGACACUAGCAUACUUGGUGUUGAGAGUCACCCUCUUCACUUGCAUGGAUACAACUUCUUUGUUGUCGGCCAAGGUUUCGGAAAUUUUGAUCCAAAUAAAGACCCCGCAAAGUUCAAUCUUGUUGACCCUGUUGAGAGGAACACGGUCGGUGUCCCCUCUGGUGGGUGGGUUGCUAUCCGAUUCCUAGCAGACAAUCCAGGGGUAUGGUUCAUGCAUUGUCAUUUGGAAGUCCAUCUAAGCUGGGGGUUGAAGAUGGCUUGGGUUGUCUUGGAUGGAAAGCUUCCCAGUCAGAAGUUGAUUCCUCCACCAGCUGAUCUUCCCAAGUGUUGA